AGCUGGAUUGAUCAUUCAGGUGCUUUUUUUUUGUUUUUUUUUGUUUUUUUCUCCGAUCCAAAUACUAAGGAUGAGUGUGCUUUAUUUUUCUGUACUUGCUAUUUUAUGCAGGUUUGCUUCAAGUGCAGAUUGGUGCUAUCAGUCUCAAGUAUCUUGCUACAGACAGUCAUGCACAGGACCGGAUGACUGGGCAUCAGUAGCCGGAGCCUGUGGAAAUACAAAACAGUCACCCAUUAACAUUGUAACAAAGAAAACUGUCUUUGACAGUCGUCUGAACCCAGUGCAGUUUACAGGCUACCAAAAUACAAUCAAUACUGUCAUUACAAACAAUGGACACACAGUGCAAGUUAAUCUGCCAGACAGAGCAGCAAUUAAUGGAGCCAGUUUAGGAGCCAAUUACAAAGCCCAGCAGCUUCACCUGCACUGGGGCAAGAACGGUGGACCUGGAUCAGAACAUACUAUAGAUGGAGAGAAAUAUCCUAUGGAGCUUCACAUUGUACAUAUAAAAGAAAAUUACAGCUCUGUAGAACAAGCCAUUGAUGACCCUUCUGGAGUUGCUGUUCUUGGAUUUUUUUAUGAGGAGUCACAAAGUGUCAAUAAAAAAUAUGAUGGCUUCAUAAAUUCUCUGAAAAAUAUUACACAUCCUGGCACCAAUGUAACGCUGUCAGCUGUAUCAUUAGACAUGCUCAUUCUCCCCCAUAAUGAAAUGGAGAGGUACUUCCGCUACCAGGGGUCCCUCACCACACCAGGCUGCUCUGAAGCUGUGGUCUGGACAAUAUUUGAGAAAGCGAUACCGCUCAGCAAGGAACAGCUUUCUGCAUUUUCAAACCUGAUGUUUUCUGACGGGACUGCCAUGGUAAACACAUACCGGCCCAUUCAGCUGCAGUAUGAACGUGAAGUGUAUUAUUCUAGGAGUUAUGUUUUUUGUGUUAGUACUGCCUUAUUGGUCAGCUCUGUUUUCACAUCCCUCUAUGUUCUCGCUGUCUAA